AAACGGUAUCCUUCUGGAUGUCAGCCGCAACUGUUGGGAGCCUUUCCAUCCCACAUUCACAUUGAGUGUGUCGUGCUUUUUAGUGAUCGUUGCCCAGAGCUAUGUUACACUCUAGGCCGUAGUGUGUGUUUAUAUGUACGUUAUGGCAGGAUCGAGUUAUCGCUCCACCCAGUCAACUCACUCACAUGGCUUGUCACCAUGAUAUUCGCUAUGACCAGCUGCUGGCUUGCUUCACGUUUGCGCCGAUGGCCUCAAGUAGCCAGCUAUACCUUUUCUGCUGCAGGCGAUCUCGAUUAUUAAACCCCCGACUUAUGUGAUAGUUCACCGCGUGUAUGGUGAGAAGUAGAAGAUGUCUCCUUCCAACCGGACGUUGAGAAAUAUUAUCGUUCUUCGGUCAUCCCCAGCACGCAAGCACCUUCCUCCAGAGAAGAAAACUUGAGCAUGCAGUAGAUUUUUUUUUUCAGUUAUACCUGCACUCUUCAUCAUCCUCAACGAGGUGUCACUAGCAUCGGGUUGAAAUGUGUUCAGAAAUGGAUCAUAGCAAAUGAUCGCCGAUCACGCCGAAAAAAUGUCGCUCCCCACCACCAUCUCGGGAUUCACUGUCCUCCCGAUAUCGUACUCAAGCGACACAAAGCACUACAUCUACGCUCGAGCCCACGUCGGAUCCAAGAAACAUGCGUCCACAUCAAAACCAGUGCUUCCCGAAGGACGCACACUCUUCCUGGUCAACGUUCCGCCGGAUGCAACACAGCGCGACCUAGUCAAGCUCUUCUCCUCCAGCGGAACCGUCGAAAAAGUCGUAUUCGACCUGGAUGAUGCAUCGGCAACGGCCGAGAUUCUCGAUCCCGAUACCGACUCUGAGGGGGAGGACGCAGAUGCUGGGGAUACGGAGGCACCGCAAGCCGAUGAAAACGAAGACACCUCCGCCCCACGGAAACGACGAAAGCUCUCUAAACCCGAACGCCCGCCUCGAGUCACCCCGCUGCCGACCCGCCCCCUCCGGCAGCUGCGGCCUACCGGGCGCUCCGCGCACCUAGUGUUUCUCGACGCGUCGUCGCUCGCGCGCGCGCUGGAUCCGGCCGCCCCAAAAGGGAAAUCCUCCCGCACCUGGACAUGGCCUACGGCGGGAGGCGGCGCAGAUGCAGAUGCCGAGCCCUCCGGGCUGGCGCAUUACACUGCGCUGUACGACUCCCGUCGCCCGCCGCUCGACGCCGUGCGCGCGCACGCGGACAGCUACAUGGCGCUGUUCGAGUUCGAGCAGCGCCAGGCGCAGCGACAGAGCAAGUACCACAAGGGCGAGGCGAUCGUGGAUGAGGACGGAUUCACCCUUGUGACGCGCGGGGGUGCUUACGGCCAAACUCUCGGCGGUGGGGUCGCUGUCGCGAGCAAAAAGUUCCAGGAGACGGGCGAGACAACAACGAAUAGGAAGAAGAAGGAGAAAAAGGAGAAGGUCAACUUCUAUGCUUUCCAGAAGGCGGAAAAACAGCGUAAUGAACUGCUGGAACUGAAAAAGAACUGGGAGGCGGACAAGGCGAAGGUCGAGAAACUCAAAGCAUCGAGGAGGUUCAAGCCGUAUUAAACUAUGUACUGCACUGUGACCUGCGCACUGUGUGCUCGUUCUCAUGCUCGUGGUGGGAAAAAUCUAUCCCAAAC